AUGACCCACGACACCACCGGCCUCAAAGACGCCAUCAAGCACCGCCGCACCAUCUACCAACUCACCAAGAAAAGCCCCAUCUCCGACGAGAAGAUCAAGGAGCUCCUCACCCUCGCCAUCCAGGAUGUCCCCUCCUCCUUCAACUCGCAGACCACGCGCAUCGUCGCGCUGUUCAAAGAUGAACACGACAAGUUCUGGGACCUGGUGGCCGGCAAACUGAAGCCCAUAGUCGAAGGGCAGGGAGGCGACUGGAGCAAGUCCGAGGCGCGGCUGAAGAUGUUCAAGGACGCGUACGCUACUAUCCUCUUCUAUGAAGACAAGGCCGUCGUCAAGGGUCUGCAGGAGAAAAUGGCCGUCUACGCCGACAAGUUCCCGCAAUGGUCGGAACACACGUCCGCCAUGCACCAGUACAUGCUGUGGACGGCGCUGGAGACCGAAGGCCUCGGCUGCAACCUGCAGCACUACAAUCCCAUCGUCGACAAGGAGGCCGCCGAGACGUGGAAGGUGCCGGCGGAGUGGGAGCUGAUUGCGCAGUUGGUUAUUGGGCAGCCGGCUGAGGGGGCGAGGGAGGGGCUGGCGAAGAAGGAGAUGAAGCCGGUGGAGGAGCGCCUACAUAUCCAUGGGGCUUAG